AUGGCAGCUCUUCUCUUCGUGGUUUCUGUAUUGGUUGUUUGUUCCCUUCUCUUGGCAGGGGGGCUUCAGCAGGCUGAAGCCGUAGUCAAAGCCGUCCACGAUCUGCAGCUCAAUCUUGAGUUGGGAGUUGAUGAGUUUCCAGACGGGCUCCUCAGGGCCGGUAGCAGGACGGCGCCGCGACGCGGGAAAAUUUGCGCCCAGCCUGCCCUGCUCUUCCUCGUCCCGGGCACGUUGAUCCCCACCUUCGCGAUCGCGCUCCAAGACGGGACGCUGAAGGAUCUUUGGGCGGCAUCGUACGGCCCGUCCGUGCCGACCGAGGGGUCCGAUCAGCCCGCCGACGCGGAGGCCGCGGACAAGAGGGACUGA